AUGAACGGACAGAAUAGCCUUGGCGACUGGUGUGGUUGUGCAAAGAAGACACAUCGAGCAGACACAGAUGUGCUCGGCGAGCGAUGCCAAUUAGCCGUCUCGUUUUUCCGUGAAUAUUUCCAAGCCGCAAAACAUGCACAGACGACCUCAUGCACCGACCUCUUCGACCGAUGGGAACGGCCUGGACGAGCGCAGCCGAAAGGAAAAACGACUAAUCUCCCUCCAGAAGGAGGCCGCCGAUUUGCUGCUGGGCUUGCAUCGAAACUGCAGCGUAUUCUGCUCGACUCGGGUACGACUUCUGGACAAUAA